CUAGAACCUCUGUGUGGGGUGUCUUAAGCUACAAAAGAAACCCUCAAAGUAUAUUCAAUAGGUUUUAGAGAUCAAUUAUCAGGAGAAAAUAAGCCAGAGAAAUAACAAAAAGGCUGACUCAAUGACAGUGAGCAGAGUAUAGGUUAAAUCUGGAUUUUUUUCUAGAAGGGGGUGAAUGAGGAUUUAUAGCAUUGUGAAAUACUAAAUAAUAAAGCAGAAGACAAGUCACAAUGGAAACCCACUCAACCUCAGAAAAAUACAUCAAGGAUUUUAGCGCACAGGAUUACUUUGAUACAUACUACUCUCCAAAUAAAGGAGCUUUGCUUGGGCAAUGGGUCAACUUUGCUUUAACAAACCUUCACAAAGCCUUCUCUCCAGGUGGUAUUAAAGGAGAAACACUGAUCGAUAUUGCUACUGGACCAGCAAUCUAUCAUCUGCUGUCGGCUUGUGAGGUGUUUGAGAACAUAAUUACCUCUGAUUUACUUGAGCAAAACCGUGCUGAGCUGCAGAAAUGGCUGAAGAAGGAGCCGGGGGCGCUAGACUGGAGCGACAUUGUCAAACGUGUUUGCGAGUUAGAAGGAAACAGAGAGAACUGGGAGAAGAAGGAAGAGAAACUCCGCAGGACAGUGAAGCAAGUUCUAAAAUGUGAUGUCCUAAAAAAGAAGCCAUUUGAGCCGAUAACGCUGCCAUCAGCGGAUUGCCUGAUAGGCUGUCUCUGCCUAGAGGGUCCAUGUCCUGACGUGGCAGCCUACUGCAACGCCUUGAAAAGUUUCAAGGACUUGAUCAAACCUGGUGGUCACAUCAUAAUUCAAGGUUUGCUAAACGCUACAUUUUAUUUUGUUGGAAAAAGCAGAUUUCCAGCAUUGGCAAUGACAAAGGAGAGUGUACAAAAGGCUUUUAUGGAAGCUGGUUUUGAAAUUAAGAAACAAAUAGUGGUCCCACGAGAGGACAGGUCAAAGGCUAAUAUUGGCGAUUAUGACAGCCUUUACUUUGUCUAUGCCCGUAAACCAAGUACUGCAUAAACAUGCUAUGUAACACAUUCACAGUUAUUUUUGUGUUAACAUUGAAUCAUAAGCAAAAUAUAUUGUAUA